CUGGCUCCUAGUGAGUAUGUGGGGGCCACGGGGGGGGCCCAGGUAGUCCUGGGACCCCCGGCCAUGGGUGAGCGAGCCCACCACGGAGCUCAAGUGUGCUCUGGCACCAACCCCAGGAAGUGCCAGGACCUCGGAGACUCUAUCCUUCUGAUUCUGGGCAGUGUCAUUUUGCUCAACGUGGGGAUCAACGUGGUGACUCUGCUCUGGAGGCAUCUGAAGAGCUCCCUGCGGAUCCUUUUCCAUCAUUUUUUCCCUAAAGACAAGCAUCCCAGCUGUGCAGGCGGCCAUCCCAUGUGCACCCGCUGCUCCAUGGACCCCAAGAACCUGUGCUCGAGAGUCUCCUCCCGCUUCCACCGUCGCCCCGGCUUCCUGGCCGGGCACCCUAACCAUCUCAGCUCCUGGAUUCCAGACAUGAACGACGAGAAAGCUUCUGGGUGCUGCUGGGUGCCACCUCCGUGUGGGCACACCGGGGCUCCCGUGGAUGCUCCCUGGGGACCGUGGAAGGAGGGGUUGAUGGGAGCUGGGGAAGCCCCCCAGGUCACAGCCUUAAAGGCCCAGGCCCCCUUUAUCUCCAGGCACCAGACACCUUCCCAGUUCCCCAGGAUGAGCACGGUGGACGUGGUUCCCCUCCUCUUGCCCCAUGAGAGCAAGACCAACACCCCAGACUAUGACCCACCCCGUGCCCCCGCCCAGACCCACACCCACUCCCCAGCCCAUACCCUUGAGCACACCACAGCCCAGGCCCAGACCUCCUUCCCAGCCCAUGGACCUGAGCGCACCACUCCCAGGGCCCAGACCUCCUUCUCAGUCCACACCCCUGAGCACACCACCCCCAGGGCCCAGACCUCCUUCCCAGUCCACACCCCUGAGCACACCACCCCCAGGGCCCAUGCCUCCUCCUUAGCCCAUGCCCCCGAGCACACCAGCCCCCAGGCCCAGACCCUCCAAACCCAUGGACCUGAGCACACCACCCCCAGGGCCCAGACCUCCUUCCCAACUCACACCCCUGAGCACACCACCCCCCAGGCCCACCCAGCUCACACCCUUGAGUAUAACCUGCCUCAGGCCCAGAUCCAUUCCCCAGCCCAAGCCCCCAAGUACCACUUCCUUCAGGCCCAUACCUACCCCAUAGCCCUCACCCCUGAGCACAUCACCCCCCAAGCCCAUGCUGCUGAACACACCCCGGCCCUGGUCCAUGGCCCCGAGCACACCGCAGUCCAGGCCCAUACCUACCCCCCAGGCUUUACCCCUGAGCACACUCAGCCCACUCCUGCCCAGGCCCAGAACCCUGAGCAACCCCCAGCCCAUCCCCUGGGUCACACUCCUGAGCACGUAAUAGCCCACAGCCCAGCCUGCACUCCAGCCCAUGAUCCUCUAACCCACACCCAUGCACCUCACCCGUUGGUGCCCUCUCCCGCCUCUGCCCCAGCCCCUCCCCCAACUACCCUUGUCCCAGCCCCUCCUCCAGCCCCUGGCCCAAUCUCCGUCCCAGCGCCUGGCCCAGCUCUGGUCAUGACCCUGACGACCACUCCUGUCCCCACUCCGGUCCCUGUCACCACCCGUACCCCCAUCCUAACUCCUAUUCCUUCUACCCUGACUGCCUUUGGCCAAGACCUCUCCACUGGCCACGUGGUCUACGAUGCCCGCAGGGUGAAGCAGAGCGUGCACCAUAUGUGCCCCCCUCCACCCUCUGGGUAUUCCAGAAAGGAUGUGGGCACCCUCCGCAGGCCCCAAGAGGGGCAGGGUCUGGACAGCUCUGGUACAGUGGAGCCAACAACGAAGCAACCCAACAGGGACAGUGCCAAGCCCUCCACAGGCUCCGUCCUGGGCUACCUGGAGUUGGGGAAUGUGGAAUGGAAGAUCUCGAAUGAUGCCAAAGACAAGUUCUUACAGCCCAAGACCUUCCCUUAUUUCAGCGUCCAUCCCUGCAGUUCGGAGAGGAGACGCAAAGAUUCUCAGACUCCGGUCUACCCCAAAUUCCUUGUCUACUCCAAGGAGGCCACACCUUCUCAGUGUUGCUUUCAUUCUCUGAACACUACCCAGAGCUCAGUGAGCACCAUCCCUCCCCCAUGCACUCUUUCUCUGCCUCUUAUGUCCCCCAGAUCCUUUGUCCCUCAUCAAGCCUCCAACCACCAGCAGCUCUCUGCCUCAGUGCGACCCCCCACCUUUCCCCCAACCUCCAAAUCUUCUCAGUCCGUCUCCUCUUCCCAGUUCCCCAUCCCUCUACACUUCUCCAAGACUUUCCAACCCCCAAUUCCACCCCAGCCCCCUAAACUUCAGGGGAGUCUGGGCCUCAACCAAGAUUCUGGCCUCCAAAGGACUUCAAGCCUUUCAAAGGACUUGAGAGUUCCCAGGAACACAGGCCUUGCUGAAGAUCCAGGCCUAAACAAGCCCCCAGGCCCUACUCUAGACCCUUCUCUCUGCAAGAGUCCGAGCCCUUCUCAAGAUUCUGGACUUCACAAGAAUCUGGUCAUUACCCAAGAUUCUGGCCCCCAAAAGAGCCUAGAUCCUACUCAAAAUGCAGGUAUCUUUAGAAGGCCAUGUCUCACCCAACCUUGUAACCUCCACAAGGACAUACCAUUUCCCCAAACUUCCGACAUUCAGAGGAGUUCAGGCUUUAUGCAAAACUCUGGCGUCUAUAGGAAUCUAGAACAAAACCAAGAGACUAUACACCAUAAAAGGCAAGAUCUCUCCCAGACAACAGGCCUCUGUAAUAGUGCGGGACCCUCUCAAGAUUCUGGAAUUUACAAGAGCACAGGUCAUGCUUGUGAGCUGGAAGUCUCCAGGAGUCUAGGCCUUCCCCAAGAUCCUUGCCCACAGAAGAGCCCAUACCAAGACUCUGAAGUCAACAGGUGCUCAGGCUUGAUGCAAACCUCUGGUCUCCAUAAGAGCUCAGGACUUACCCAAGACUCCGGAGACUACAAGAAUCCAGGCCUGACACAAGCCAUUGAAGUCGAAAGGAGAUGUGGCCGGACACAAGACGUUGGAAUUUACAGGAGCCAAGAAUAUAACCAAGACCCUAACUUCCACCAGUACCCAGGAAUUAAUCAAGAUCCUGGCCCCCAUAAGGGCCCAGCCUUUACUCAAGACCAUGUCCUCCCCAAGACUCAAAGCCUUAUUAGAGAAUCCAGCCUCCACAAGGAUUCACCCCUUAGCUCACAUCCCAACCACCCCAAGAACCCAGGCCUUGCUCUAAGUACCGACUCAGAACAAGUCUUGGGCCUGCCUCAGACCCCAAAGUCCUCACUGUGCCCGAAGUUAUGUGCAUCUGAGCAGGCUCCCCAGAAGGAGGACCCACAACAGCGCCUUCCGUGGCUGCCUGUCCCACCUAGUCAGAACUCCAGCUCGCCCAAGCCCCCGGCGGUGAUCUACAAUGACCUGCAAACCUUCUCAGAGGUCCCUUUGCUAAUUGAGCUGCAGCCAUCCUCCCGGCGAGCAGGUGGCCAAGACUGGGCGUACCGUCCCGUGGAUCCGGUGCCUUCAGCCUCCCAGAGCUAUCGCCAGAUGUCUAUGCCUCCCAAAGUCAACUGGAAGCCCUACUGCCCUGGGUCAGGCACCCGGGUUGGGCAUGUGGUCUUCGAUGCCCGCCAGAGACAGUUUGGGGUGGGCAGGGACAAGUGUGAAGCUCUGUCUCCCAGACGCAGUCGCCAAGAGGCGUGCAGCAACCCCCCGGAGACCACCAAGGAGUGGGGAUAUCAGAGUGUGAUGAGAACCUUGGAGAAAGAGGGGGCAAAGGUGCAUCAGGAAUAAAGAGGCGAGAGAAUGAUUGGUUGUUUGGGGACAUCUGCCCUAGCCCUGUUCCUGAUGCUGUGGCCCCCCCACGGGGCCCAAUGAGGGCUGCUACUCUAUCCCUGCCCCUGUUUCUCCUGCAUCCCUGUG